AUGGCAAACAGUAAAUACGAGUACGUCAAGUCCUACGAGGUUGGAGACGAGGUUUUCCCGCCAAACUUGAUCGUUGUUCGCAUCGACGGCCGCGAUUUUCGAACGUUUUCUCAAGUGCAUGAGUUUGAGAAGCCAAAUGAUGAGGCGGCACUCAACUUGAUGAACUCAUGUGCAGUUUCAGUGUCGGAAAAUUUUCCAGACAUUGUGUUCUGUUAUGGAUUCAGUGACGAGUUCAGCUUUGUCUUCAAGAAGACGUCCAAGUUCCACCAGAGACGUGCCAGCAAAGUAGAGUCUAUUGUUGCAUCCUUCUUCACCUCGGAGUAUGUUUCGAAAUGGAGGGAAUUCUUCCCUCGUAAGGAGUUAAGAUACCCUCCUUCGUUUCGCUCACAGGUUAUAGCCUGCGCUACGAUUGAAGUUCUUCAAUCAUAUCUUCUGUGGAGGCAGAGUACUUGUCAUACCAGGAACCUGCACAAUACUUGCUUAUGGGAGCUUGUAAAAGAUGGGAAGACUGAAAGCGAAGCGCUGGAGUUACUGAAGGGAGCCAGUAAGGAUGAGAAGAACAGCCUUCUUUUUGAGUGGUUUGGCAUCAACUAUCAAAAAUUGGAUGCUCUAUUCCGUCAAGGAUCCUGCAUUUUGAAGACUGAGGUGAUGGACAUUGUGAAACACAAUGAGAAUGGUUCUCCUGUGAAGAGGCUCAGGAGAAAGUUGAGAAUACUUCAUUCGAAGAAUAUAGCUGCGGGAAGUUUCUGGAACCAGCAUACGAGUCUUAAGAAUGAGCUCGGUAGUUUAACAAAGGACAUUGGAAAAGUUGAACCGGAUUACCUCAGGUCCUUCCACUUUGGGAACAAAUUGAUGCCAUUGACAUGGAUUGUUAUUAGAAUCGAUGGUUGCCACUUUCACAGGUUUUCUGAAGUUCAUGAGUUCGUGAAGCCAAAUGAUGAGCAAGCUCUCAACCUUAUGAAUUCAUGUGCCGUUGCUGUGAUUAAAGAGUUUCGAGACAUAGUUUUUUCCUAUGGCGUCAGUGAUGAAUACAGCUUUGUUUUAAAGAAGGAUUCUCAAUUCUGUCAGAGGCAAGCAAGUGAGAUGGUAUCUGUCAUUGUGUCAUUCUUCACUUCCUCGUACGUGAUGAAGUGGAAAGCUUUCUUCCCUCAGAAAGAGUUGAAGUGCCCCCCUUAUUUUGAUGGCCGUGCUGUGUGCUAUCCAUCAUCUGAUAUUCUUCGAGAUUAUCUGGCAUGGAGGCAAGUCGAUUGUCAUAUCAACAAUCAAUAUAAUACUUGUUUCUGGGAGCUUGUCAAGUCUGGAAAAAGCAAAAGUGAAGCUCAGAAUUUUCUCAAGGGUACUCAAGCAGGCGACAAAGAUGGCCUGCUUAAGCAAUUUGGUAUCGACUACAACAAGUUACAUGUUAUGUUCCGCCAAGGUUCAUCCAUUUUCUGGGAGAAGGGAGACGUUAUAACGAUGAACGGGAACAAGGCAUCUGUUGAAAAGUCUGGGGAAAAAGUUUUUGUAGAACAUUGUAAUAUUAUUGAGCCAAGUUUUUGGCGUGCACACCCAACUAUUCUGUAUUGA